AUGUUUCAGAACACCUCAGGGAAUUAGGAGUAGUUGGCUAUUUUGUGAAGCAAUAUGAGUUCCACUAUUGAAACCAUGUCCGUCCACAGUGCCAUCUACACUGUCGGCUCGCUUCAAACGUUCUACGAGUACGUAUCGGAGCAGAAGAAUGCGUUGGCCUUGACCGUUGAAAGCAUCCCGGUGGAAGACGCCACUUACCAGAUCGAGUUGGCACUGAGCUUCAUGAAGUUCUACAUGGAACAGGAAAGCGAUGGCUUGACGGAUCAACCGAACUGCAAGCAUCGGGUGAUCAUCGACAUCCGUAGGUCGAUAUUCGAAAUUCUGCUGGACUUGCACUCAUCGAUGCGUGCUACGUGCGUUGGAUUUAGCUUGUACUUUGCCGGAGGGGACAGCAGGAAGGAUUCAUUCGUUGCAAAGCUGUUGGAAUUCCCGAGCUUCGAUAGCGGUGCGGAUGAGUUGAAUAUUCCGGAAACUGCUUUCGAUGUGUCUUUCUGCACGAUGAUUGUCUAUGAUUCCAGCGAUCUGGAGUCGGCUACGGAUGUGCUGUCGAAGGCUUGGGUGAACUGUUCGGUUCCAUGGGUCAUCCGUAACCUUUUGGUUCAGGAAACCGUUCAGGAAAAGUUUAUUCAGCUGCUGGAAAGCAAACUCAAACAAUUCCCAGAUCAUGUUUCAUUUGAAGACGAACUGAGUAGUACAGUUGACAAAGCAUCUUCAACUGGUCUUCGAGUGAUCCAGCCAGCGGGCCAUAAGGGUUCGUUAGCGCCCACUGUGGUGUAUGGUUCGAGUGUCGAUUUUUUCGUCAAAAAGCAUGCUUUAGAACCGAGUCCGGUCGUGGUGAUGAACGUGUUCAGGACUCCGAAGGAAGCAAUCAGCAUGGUGAAUAAAAGCAACGGAGGUUCGGUUUCGCUUUGGACCGAAGAGCUAUGCCUAGCCAUGGAAACGGCAUAUUCGGUCGAUGCGCAGACCGUUUGGGUUAACACCCAUGCCUGGUUCAACCCGGCCUUCCCGUAUACAUUCCGCCGGUACGGUUACUGCUAUGGAUCUGAGUACGCUGUGUACGAAAAGAAGGUGAAGAAAGUGUUUGUUCCAUCGACGGAAAAUCCGAAAAAUUCAACGGAGAAGAACAAAGCGGCCAUCAGCGCCCUGGGAGUGGUGCCCAGUGAGGUGAAGAACCACCGGCUCGCAUUUGUCAGAAAUGAGAAAAACGUGCACUACGAGAUUAUCAGCAGCCCGUACAAACUCGACAACUACAAUCCGCAUCAUCCAUUGCAAAUUGUCGAGGACUUUUGGGAUAAGUUUGUGUCCAUUGACAAUAACGAUAGGAAUCUCGUUUUGGACACCGUUCACAACCAACGCAAAACUGUUGUCAUUCCAUAUGGGGUAAGCUUCGCUAAUUAACGGCUAAUUGUGACUGAUGUUGGUGUUUGAUUGUUAUAAGAAUAAAGUGAAAUAAAUGUGAAUUAAA